GGACAGUUGUAACACGGCAUCCGGGUACUGUCGUGGUAAUCCCAGAUGCAUGUCGGGAUAUUCUAGUUUGAAGUGUAAAACAGCCUGUGAAGCAGGUACUUACGGCCCAGACUGUAACGAGACCUGUGGAUCGUGUGCACGUGGACAGGACAGCUGUAACACUACAUCCGGGCACUGUCCGGGUGAUCCCAGAUGCAUGCCGGGAUAUUCUGGUUUGAAAUGUAAAAGAUGUGAUGCUGGGUUUUGGGGAGCCGAUUGUGAGCAAAAAUGUGGGGAAUGUUAUAACAACGUCACGUGUAACAGAACAUCCGGGGACUGUCCAGUCAGAGACGAGAAUCCCCGCUGUAAGGCCGGUUUCUUGGGAUCUCACUGUCGACAAACAUGCUCCCCUGGCACAUGGGGACAAAACUGCAAACUUACUUGUAGUCUGAACUGUCUUAAUGGUCCAACCGGAUGUGACGUCAGGAAUGGAGCAUGUAUUGGAGGUUGUACAGAUGGACAUGAAGGCAGAUUUUGUACCCUCGUCAACUAUAACUACACAGGAGUGGUUAUAGGCUGUGUGGCUGUGGUGGUCGCUGUGGUAAUCGUCGUUAUUGUACUGAUGUACACGAGAAGAUGUCACGGUAAUAAGUCAGGAGGAACCUCUGAGCGUUCGGAUCCGGUCCACGUCCAGAAUCGGGAGAGUUCUAAUCAAGGGAGAGAAGCGCGGAUUUCAACUCCAGUGGACAGCAACCCGUAUGAGAGUGUUUAUGAGAAUGAAUACGACAAAAUCCGAUUUUCUUGUAAUGACACCGAGGCCAGUUACACAGUUGUUACUUAAUUUCAUGGCUUUGGACGCGAAACGCUUCCUGGAAAGAACGGGAGAUAGUGAACCGUUAAAAAGGACAAGUUUUGAACAUAUAUAUAUAGUUUGAAUUAGAUAAUUCGCUCCUAAACACAGCACACUUUGUUUUCAAUUUGAAAAGGUUCAAAUGCUUCUUUUAGUUUGGGGCUCGGUGAGGGCGAUGUUGGUGGACACAACUGUCGUGUUUUAGCGGUCCUGCUUGCCCUCGUCCUACAGGGGUGUAAGAAUUUGGCCUAGCUGGAUGUACCGACUGCAGGGAAUUUACCGAACACUGCAGGACCUUCUGAUUAACAACAGACCCUUUUAUUCAGAUUUUGGAAAGAUAUUUUUGUAAUAGCUCUGACUUUGCUAAGGAAAAGUAAUGGAAAGUCACAACAUUUUUUUUCAAGCAAUGACUCUCCCGGAGGGUUUUCUGCCAGCUUACGGUGACAAGUUACUGCAGUAUCCUGCCCAACAUGUACGCAUUGUGACAGGAGCAGCCGUUCUCGGUUCCCUGCUUAUAAACGUGUGGUUCAAAAUACAUCAGUUUUACACUUAAGCCGCAAAAUCCAAUUUAUUGCACCGAUACCUGUAUCCACUAUAAGACACCACACUGACAAUCGAGAGCUAAUAUUUUUUCACGUGACAGCCAAUUAUCACGUGACGCUUUCAGGGCUAUGGAUUGGCCAAGUUCAAAAGGGCUUCUACAACAUGGCUUCUUGGAGUGAAUUGUCCGUCAUUUCCAUAUCCCCAAUAAUCAACUCCAUGUUCUCGGCUUUCAAAAUUUUUUAGAAUUUUUUGAACAUAUUUUUCGAUGACAACUUUGUCGUUUAUCAUGGUUCCUAUGUAUGUAUAGUGGCAGACUUUAUGUCACUUUAAUUACACAGGAAAACAUUAUGGGUUUUAUGGACCUAGAAAGUCCUAAAUUUAACUUGAAAAUUAUAAUAACCCUAUCAAAUUUAAAUUUCAAAGUUCUGAGCAUAUAUUUAGUGGAUAUAUAACAACAGUAUACUAAUAUUAUAUCUCAAAACAAUUAAGCAGUGUAGCUUAUAAGCCUAAAGACCUAAUAGUGUUCACAUAGAGUGUAAAUAAACAAGCGCUUACAACCCGAGUUUCAAGUCAGCGUUUGUGUGACUUGAGCACUUUUCCUUCCAAGAUUUUCAUGGUCUAGACAGUUUUGCGCCAGUUAGGAUAUUACAAUAAACUUUUGGACUACGGAUUUCACCUAGACGUAUGAGCUGUAUAAACAUUUAUUCGUUUUGCCAUUGCCAGUGAAGUAACAACAUACUUGUAUAUGGAUCUGGGAGGUUCAACGUGUUCGUGAGAGGUCAUAUUUUGGCAAACUCACAGGAAGACACAUCUCCAGGUGCCUACAAAGAUAAUGGUCAGGCAAUCUAGAUGCUUUGUCAAAGAAACUAUUUGUGGAUUGAACCACAGGAGGUCAGAUUAUAUCCUGAUUUGCUCACUGUAACCUUAUUGCUUUCACACCUCAGGCGACCUCUACAUAGGGCUAAUCCCAGUGGCUGUCUUGACAAUAGCCAGCUGGGCUUUAAAGCAAAGAAGCUUUACUUCCAUUGACCAGUAAACCACAAACUGAUCAAGACAAAGAUGCAUAUUACAAUAUUGCAAAUUUUCAAUCACUAUCAAAGCUGCCGAAGUUUGUGGCCGCCAUUUUGAAAUUUUUGAAUAUUUGAUUGUUAUUGAUUUUGAAAGUCUUGAGCGCAUAGGGCAUGUUGAUAUUGGUCUUUGCUACAAUAUAUAGCGGUUGUUGGCCGCGUUGGACAGGUGUCCGCGUAGUACAGGUCGUUAAACAUGGAAAAUCGCUUGGUCCCGGCAGACAGCGGCCGCUUAGGACAGUUAGACGCUAAACACAGGUGCCCGUAAGUACAGAUUUGACUGGAUAGACCUUUUGUUACUAAAACGAACAUGAUCGCUGUUCAGAGCUAGUGGGCGGACAUGCUCUGUUGGCACACAGAUGAUUCCUGACUAAAUCACAUUGUCCAGUUAAAACAAUCGAGUCCGCUCCCUUAACAUUUGCCUUAUUCCGAAUGGAACGUGAUGCUAUUUGAGAGUUUCAUAGUAUGAAUGAAUUGAUAUCUUCAAUCUUGUACAGGGUUGUCAGCCUCAUGAUCUUCAGUGUGUUUUGAAGAGCUAAUAUAUUUGACAUACAGGGACACGUUCUUCUUUUUUGUAUGUUGUUUAAGGUGAAGGGAUUGGUAAUUAUCGAAGCAUGAAUUUAAACCCUUGUGUUCGUCAUCUGUUCAGGGGCCUCCGUGGCUCAGUAGGUUAGCGCGUUGGCGCAGCAUAAUGACCCAGGAGUCUCUCAAAAAAAGUCCAAAUCAUGCUGGCUUUCUCUCCGGCGGUACGUGGGAAGGUCUGCAGCAACCUGCGGAUGGUCGUGGGUUCCCCCCGGGCUCUGCCCAGUUUCCACCCUCCAGAGAGAAAGAGAGAAAGUUGUCAUCUGUUGAAGUCCCACUUGUCAAGCCUUCGUAAUAGAAUUAAGAGAUCGUGUCGAAGACUAUUUGUUCCAUCUCCAGUAUUGCAUG